AUGCCCUGGAUUGAGGUGCAAGCCCAACCGUGGGGUUUAUUUCGCAGAAUCGCAUCCCAUCUUAUCAUCACCAUCUCCAUAACAAUGCCAGUCGUUGCAAUCGAAGGAUGCUGCCAUGGCCAGCUAAUCAACAUCUACAGGGCCCUACCACCCGAGGUCGAGCUUUUGAUCAUAUGUGGAGACUUCCAGGCCAUCAGAAACGAGGCCGAUUUCGAAACCAUCAGUAUGCCCAAAAAGUACCGCCAGCUAGCAGACUUCCACAGAUAUUACAGUGGGGAGCUCCAGGCCCCUGUGUUGACGGUUUUCAUCGGAGGCAACCACGAGUGUUCGUCAUACCUCCAGGAGUUGAAGUAUGGAGGAUGGGUGGCACCAAACAUCUACUACCUCGGAGACUUUGGUGGGCUAUGGUACAAAGGAAUCCACAUUGGCGGGCUCAGUGGGAUCUACAAUCGGUACUCGUUCGUUCAGAACCGACUUGAGGACGAAAAGCUUCCGUACGACGACAGCACGGUUCGGUCGGUGUACCAUGUGAAGCCCAAGGACUUUUUGAAAAUGUGCCUCAUGGACGAGUUGGAUAUUUGUUUGAGUCAUGACUGGCCUGUGGGCAUCGAGAAGUACGGGAACGAGAAAUGGUUGGUACGGGAGAAGAAGUGGUUUAAGAAGGAUAUCGACAAUGGGACCUUGGGAAGUCCGUUGAAUAAGUACUUGUUGAGAGUUCUCCGUCCCAAGUACUGGUUUUCGGGGCAUUUGCAUGUACGAUUUGAGGCCAAGGUGGUAUGGGAAGACCAGCCGGAGCAGGGACAGAGCACGCCAGAGUCAAAGAGAGCAAAUGAGAACGAGAUAGCUAUCGAUAUGGGCGAAUCUAGAAAAAUAGACUCUGGCAAAGGAAAUAGCAACGAGAUAAAUACACGACGCCAGGUCGCCCACACGACCACCCCAGAGUCUUCCCCCGCCGGUUUUGCACCCAGAAAAAAGCCCCGGCCUCCUCACACCACCCAGUUUUUAGCGUUGGACAAAUGCCUCCCCAGGAGGAAGUUCCUCGAGGUAUUUUCCGUGGAGGGCCACCAGGGCCAUCCUUCGUGCCACCACCAGGGACUCUGGUACGACCCGCGCGCCAUCGCCAUCAACAAGGUGGUGGAGGAGUACCUCCGCAAGCACGGCCACAAGUUCCAGCAGAUUGAUAUGGCGAGGGUGGCGAGAGACCCGUCCACGCUUCACGUGGUCCACGAGCUCAGGCGGUUGGUAGACAUCGAAACUGCUCACUAUGCUAAGCGACCCUCUAGCCAGUUACAGGUGCCCACGAAUUUCCGCCAACUUGCACCCACCAGCGAGACCGGGGGCCUGGUGCCUGUGCAGUACUGGCCCAGCAACCAGACCACGGCGUACUGCGCGGGGUUUGGAGUGCCGCUUCCGCCAUGGCACGAGCCAGGGUCCAAGCUGAAGCAAUAA